AUGGACAACGAAAUCACUAUGGAUGAUGGAAGUAAUGGCGUCAUCUUGGUUAUGGGUGUCACUGGCGCUGGAAAGAGUUAUUUCAUAAACCGACUCAAGAGUCAAUCUGCCGACGAGGGACAUUCACUGUAUUCAGAGACACAGACAUGUCAGGCUGUUCAGAUCAUCCUCGAUGAGGAAGAGAAACGCACUAUAACCGUGGUCGACACUCCAGGUUUUGGCGAUACGUUUCGCUCUGAGGCAGAUAUCGUUGCCGAAAUCACGGACUACCUUACUGCACAGCACCUGUCCCGCUUGCCCCUUCGGGGAAUCUUAUAUCUGCAUAAAAUCACAGAUAAUAAGAUGACCCAAGCUUCUCUGCGGCAUAUCCAACUCCUGAGAAAGAUUGUUGGAGACGAUUCUCUAAAGAAUGUCAUUUUGGUUACGACGAUGUGGAAUAUCCUUCGCCCAGAAGAUCACAACCGUGCCCUACAGCGCGAGCAGCAACUUCUCAAUGGGUUUUGGAACACCAUGAUUGACAAAGGCUCUUAUGUUGCGCAAUUCCACGGAACACCACAAUCGGCCUAUCCCCUUAUUCAUCAAUUGGCAGAUCAGCAGAGUGUGGUACUCGACAUCCAAAAAGAAAUUGUAGGUCAGGACCGGUCGAUUGGCGAGACCACGGCAGGCAUAUCCCUGAUCCAGAAGUUGAAGGAAGAUCGCAGGGGUUACGAGCAAAAGCUGGGCAACCUUGAGAGCGAACUGGAUCGGCAGCAGACGGCCCAGCCACCAGACAAAGAGGAGAUCAAACGACUCAAAAGCGAAAUGAAGGCGACUGAGAAGGUUCUAGACGCCAUAGGGACUUCGGAGGAGCGCAUGAAGAUUCGCCCUGGUUCGCCAAUGCGACAACGCAUGAAACUAGCCAUGAAAGAGCACGGCGCCACUGCUCUUACAGCUCUCGGGAUGGUUCUGAACAUCACUUUCUUUGCGGUUCGGCUGGGGCUGGGGCUGGAAGAGUAG